ACAGAGACUAUCGGGCAGAGGAUAGGGAGCAUUACAAGACCCUGAAAGUGAAAUCACUGGACUUGUCAACGAAUAAGUGCCAGCCAGGCUGCUCCACAGCAGCCGGAAGCGCGGCGGUGUCGCUGGGCUGGUGUUCCGUCCCCAAUACGGUUCCGAGUCGGAAGUGCGAAAUCGAAACUUAGUUCUCUGCGGAAGCGACCAAGGGCCAGGGGAAUUACGUCUAGGAUACAAGUCUCUCGAAAUUUUGCUGGGAGCAACAAGCGCUAAAUACAUUUUAUUGUAAAAAAAAAAAAAGUACGUCUCACUGUUUUGCACCAUUGAGAUUCAGGAUGGCUAGCGGGGAACAGGUAUAUAACCCAACGACUACGCAGGGAGACAAGCCCAACAAAAAGUUCGUGGUGCCGACGGAACACCUGGACAAGUUUCGUUUUUUUAUCAAAUGUGCUGAAGUGAUUCUGUCCUUCGUCGCCUUCAUCCUCGAAGAGGUUGUCACCAACUGCAAUUCCUGUGGUCCGCUUUACUUCUUCGAGUUCGUCAGCUGCACGGCCUUCCUGUUCACAGCCCUGCUGCUCAUCCUUCUCGCCACCCCACUGUACCAGAAGGUCGGGAUUAAGAAGUGGUCUGUCCUGGACUUUGUGUACACUGCUGUCAUGGCAGUCUUGUUCCUGCUGGCCUCAGUUAUUUUUGCUGCUGCAAACGAGGGGACGGGAUUGGAGAAAGGCUCUGUGGCCUUUGGAUUCCUGGCAUCUCUAGCGUUCGUCUUCGACCUCGGGGUGUUUUUCAAGACCAGAGGGCUGCCGUGGACGAGUGACCCGCGAGGAGCUGGCGACACUCAGACCACACAGCCAGAAGCCGAGAAGCUGAACGCCGGCGACCCGAGCUCCGCUAAUGGAACUAACGCCGCGAAUUAAGCCUCAAGAACUGUCUUCGCAUUUGUGCAAGGAAUGUCCUCCCUCACAGAAACAAUCACAUUUAGUCCGAGACCUACUGGAGAGUUCAUUGGUGAAAAAUGGGGAAGAAAAAAUAUCACCCUCUUAAACGAUUGGUGUCCCUCUUACACGAUUGGGUUGAUUUUGUCUAAAUCGGAAUGCCACCUGCAGCACAGUGUCGCUGUAGGCAGACGGACGUGCCUGUUAAGUCAUCGGUUUAAACUCGACGGGCGUCGGCUGUGUAUUAUUCUCUAGGGUUUCCAGUCCUCGUUCCUAGCUAGUUUAAAGGCGAGAGUUUGCUUUUACCCUUCGUAGGAAUUUAAUUCUUCAGGCAAUACAAGAAAAAAAUAAAUAAAAUGAGCUGUAACAUCCCCCUUGCCCUUUAUAAUGUCUUGAGACAGCUAUCCCCAGUGUAGUCAAAGCCGUUUCUAGUCCGAUGACCAGUGAAGUAAUGAGCAGGUCCAGUGCAUAUCUAAUUUUGGUGUAGUAUUUUUUAAAACCCGGCGUUUUACCUUAACUCAUUUUUAAUAUAUCAAAAUACACUACUGUGUUUAGAAAGGUGAGAUUUUAUUAGAGCAGUUCUAUGAAAUUCUAGUUAGCAGCUGUGAUAGGCUUUUAAUCGUGUGGAUUUGCUUUUUUAAUUUUCAGAACUAAUUUUAGAAAAAUGGAUCCUGAGAAAUAACGCCCAAUAAGACGAUGCUUGUAGGAAUAUUGAUGGAGAAGUUGGCAUAAGACUGGACCUGCUUGACAGAGGGCAGCCAGUUCCCCAUAGGAUGGUACAGGAGGAGGAGGGCACUGGCUGCAGGAGAGGUGCAGUAAAAACAGCUGUAGUUUUUAUGUCUAGGCAUUUUGGGAGGAUUAGGAGUCAAAAGUAAAAGAGGUGAGGAAGACCCUGGCCACUCUUAUCGGUCCCGAGCUUUUCUUAAAAACGCUUUGUAUAGCUGUUGCAAACUGAUAUCUGGAUACAUUCCCUUCCUUCAGCUGAAUCCCUGAUGCAGCAAAUUUUAAAUAGAUGCAAGUGGUAUAUUCCAGACUGUGAACUCUUGAUUACUUGUGCCUGUGCCAUGAAAGGCCAUCUUUUAUCAGUUUUUAUGAUUGGUUUAUUACUUUAGAUCUUUUAUUUUCCCCCCAGUUUCCCUUGUCAAUAAGAUUACAGCAGUUGGAGACAAUUUCAGAAUAACUUGUCAAGCUGCCCUGUAUGUUAACUUGUGUGAACUAUUUGUUUGGUAUUGCUGUGAGUUACAAAAACAGCAAGUUCUUGUUUUUAUUUUGUAACAUUUUCACCUGUGUAAAACAAUGAUAAUGAACUGUGGAACAAGUAUUUAAAUGUGUAGUCCACUUGCUUAUUUGGUAUGGAUUACUGAGCACAGUAAUUGUAAUUGGAAAUUGGAAAUAAUCUAAUUUAGAAAAUCCGUGGGACUUUCACAGUCAUCGGCUCUAGUCUUCAUGUAACAUCUGUGCAAUGUUUUUUUUUAAUUUUUGGAAGCAGUCAUUGUAGUUCUGACUAAAUUCUAAAAUUUGUUUGGUUAGGGAUAAAUUCUUCUGGCCUGGAUAAUUUUUAUCAAAAUGAAUUUGGUUUUGCAUUGUAGCUGGUUGUGUGUUCCUAAUGAAUUUCAAUAGUAGCAGGAAUACAAGAUGGCUAUCUUAUGAUGAAAUGGUUAAUAGCUAGCACCUUUAAAUUGUGAUUGAGAUUGAAAGGUCUUAGCAAUUUCAGUUUGGAGUUAAUAUGGAUUCAUUCUUAGAGUGAGACUGUAGAAAUGUGUGUGUAUAUAUUGGGUUUUAUUCGCCUUAGUUUCUCUUACCUUUGCAGUUUGUUCUAGCAGUACUUUGACUCAUUUUGUUUUGAAACUUAAAUCGAUCUACCGCUGUAGUGUGAAUAAUCUUGAUAUAUUUUCUCUUUUAAAAUUACUUAGAUGUCUGAUCUUGGAUUUAAGGGUCAAACAUCAAGCCAGUAGACAGGAAAAGUCUGUUCAAAGCCAAAGGGAUUGGGGUGAUAACAUAUACUGUACAAAUUCUGUCACAGUCUACUAAAAUCUCUAAAUCACCUGUGGAAAAAAAAGGAUGAUUAUUCAUAACUGUAGGGUUUAUGUGAGGGUGAAAGUGUCAAUCAUUGGUAUUAGCUUAAUUCAUUAACAUAAGACAAAUUAAUCCAAAUUAUUUUGCUUUUAGUUAGUUUAAUGUCUUUUGUAUUUUUUUUACAGGGUUUGUUUUUCUGUCAGUCUGAAUUGUGAUUUUCUUAGCUUUAUGUUUGUGUCAACAGGCAAGGAGUUUGAUGUUUGUUUGACCAAACUUUCAUUUUUUUUGGCCUCUCAGGAGACUUCAUUGUCCAGAAAAAUAAAGGCAAGAGUAAGGCACUGAAUCAUGAAUUUUAAUUAUCAUGUGUACCUUGUGUAAACCACUUUAAAAUGAGUAGUAAAUCUGUACUAGGUCUCUGCCUUAUACUAUUGCAAGAGUGUUUAUUUUGUUAGUUGUAAAUGUUUAAAGAACUGAAUAUUGGAACUAUUGUGGACAGAAUGAACCAGCAACUCUUCCAUUUAAAGGUUAAGAUCUGUGUGUGACCUUCAACAAGCCUAGCGUGCGAUGGUGACUUAUAGGCCAAAACAGUUAGAGUUUUUGAGAGAUCAUGAUCACUGUCUCCAUGGGAAACCAAAAAAAUAAAAACCCAAAACAAAUGCAAUAUCAAGCACUGCUGUAAAUCCACAUUAGUGCUAUCUCUUGCUGGGGCAGGGCAUCUUUAAAGGGGACCCUGUGUUUAGACUUCACAGUUGUGCUUUUAUCAGCACUGCUUUGCUCCUGUCUUUCAGCCCUUGUGUAUGACGGGAAAGCUGGCUGUCCACAUGACACCCCAUCUUAAGUGUAACAUCACAGAACAAGAAAGGAAAAGUGUCUAGUGCCUUCUAUAGGGGGUUAAUACUCUGCUGUGCUCAAUGGCGACCCCUGGUGGCUGUGUCAGCUGAUCUUUGGUUUGGCCCUGUCUGAUCUGUAUUGAUGUGCCUAUCAUGAAGAGCUUUUACAAGGUAGUUAAACUGGAGGACUGUCCUCUGACCCCUGUCCUCCUCCUCAUCCCUUGCACUGUGAAAUGUUGAUUGUUUUGCAGUAUAGUUUCUGUGCAACACUGACACGUGUAUUUUCACAAUGAUCCAGGAAAAAAGUAUAAAAAUGUAAAGGGGGGGGGGGUGAAUCGUGUAAAUCCAUAACUAAAUACACAACAGAUCGCAGUUAUGAGAAUUCAUAACUAAUGAUCAAAUACAUUGCAAAAUAACAUACUAUAGAUAGGAUUUUUUUAUAAUAAUAUUACACAUGUAGCUAAUUGAUCAGUUUUGGAAUGAAAGCUAAAUAGGUUACUUGUUUUUUUCACAAUGUUUAUUUAGUUGUUGUUUUUUUCAUUUAGAACAUUGUGAAUUUAAUGGGACGGUGUAAUAAACAUUGCCACAGUCACAAUCCAUUCUCCGACACCUCCCAAAAAAAGAAGUGUUUGUUGCUGAUGUGGGAUCAACCCGAAGUUUGCAGUUAUCUGAACAGUGCUUGCAGCUGGUUAUAUUUGAAUUGAGCACUGAAAGGGACAGCAGGCAGGGUCAGACGUGUACGCUCAGCAGUGCAUCAUGGAUUAAGUGCAAUUUGACGCAUGAGCCACACACAGAUUGUAACACUAGCAAGGUUUUUUUUAAUGACAACCCCCCUGUGAAGCACCUCGUGAGUGAUGUUGCGGUUAGAUUGCUUUAAUAUUUGUAUAAAUUGAAUAAAAUGCCAAACAAAACUGAUGGGGUAAAAGUGGUAACAGAUCUGGAAACGGAGCAAAAGAGACAGAAACAGUACAACUGUCAUUUUUAGAAAAAUUAUAAACCAUUUAAAAUCCUGAAAUGAAUUGCAGUCUAUCAUUACCUACAUGUAUGUAUUAAUUGUUUUCUUAAAUAGUGCAGAAGACAUAAAUGCUUAUUGUCAUAUUGAUAUAGUUCUUGUCUGUGUUUGAUAAAGACUGAAUGUCCAUGUAAUAUAAGAUCAUAUAUUGCUAAUUUACUAAUCUCUGCUUUUUUAUACGAAAGGAAAAGGACCGAUUGUUUUUAGAGAUGUUAUUUUGGUUACUCAACAUAACUAAUAUCAUCCAAGCAUUAUUUAAACAAAUCCCCAGUACCACUGUAUUUUCACUUUCUGCUUUUCAAAGUAAACUGAAUUGAUCUGA